AAUAUCUCGCCUCCCCCUCCUCCUCCUCACCACUACCACCACUACGCUAGCUCUUUAGCUCUCUCUCUCUCUCUCUCUCUCUCUCUCUCUCUAGGCCCUCCAACUUUCAACAUUUUAUUUCUUCUCUCUGAGCCCAUUGCGGCAUUAGCUCCAACUCCUAAUAAACAAUAUCAAACAAACAACACAAAAUGCCUCCAAUUUUGCCGGACUUCUCCAACUCCGUCAAACUCAAGUAUGUAAAACUCGGCUACCAGUACCUUGUCAACCACAUUCUCACCCUCACUCUCAUCCCCAUCAUGGCCGGUAUUUUCUUGGAGGUGCUUCAUCUNGGCCCCGACGAGAUUCUCAAGCUCUGGACCUCCCUCCACUUCGACCUCGUCCAAAUCCUCUGCUCCUCCUUCCUCAUCAUCUUCAUCGCCACCGUCUACUUCAUGUCCAAGCCCCGCACCGUCUUCCUCGUGGACUACGCCUGCUUCAAGCCCCCCGUCACCUGCCGAGUUCCCUUCUCCACCUUCAUGGAGCACUCCCGCCUCAUCCUCAGCAACAACCCCAAAUCCGUCGAGUUCCAGAUGCGGAUUCUCGAGCGCUCCGGCCUCGGCGAGGAGACUUGCCUCCCUCCCGCCAUUCACUACAUCCCUCCCAACCCUACCAUGGAGGCAGCCAGGGGCGAGGCCGAGCUCGUCAUCUUUUCCGCCAUGGACGCUCUCUUCGAAAAGACGGGCCUCAAGCCCAAAGACAUCGAUAUUUUGAUCGUCAACUGCAGCCUCUUCUCCCCCACCCCCUCCCUGUCCGCCAUGGUCAUCAACAAGUACAAGCUCAGGAGCAACAUCAGGAGCUUCAACCUCUCCGGCAUGGGAUGCAGCGCCGGCGUUAUCUCAAUCGAUUUGGCGCGUGACCUUCUCCAAGUGCAUCCCAAUUCGAACGCGGUGGUGGUUAGCACCGAGAUCAUAACCCCUAAUUAUUACCAAGGCAAGGAGCGGGCUAUGCUUCUGCCCAACUGUCUCUUCCGGAUGGGUGGGGCCGCCUUGCUUUUAUCAAACCGGAAAUCCGAGCGCCGACGUGCCAAAUACCGAUUGGUCCACGUGGUCCGGACCCACAAGGGAUCCGACGACAAGGCGUAUCGGUGCGUGUUCGAGGAAGAGGACAAGGAGGGCAAAGUGGGGAUUUCGCUCUCGAAGGAUCUGAUGGCGAUCGCAGGAGAGGCGUUGAAAUCGAACAUCACGACGAUGGGGCCGCUGGUGCUUCCGGCGUCGGAGCAGUUGCUCUUCCUUCUGACGCUGAUCGGCAGGAAAAUCGUGAACCCGAAAUGGAAGCCGUACAUUCCGGAUUUCAAGCAGGCGUUCGAGCACUUCUGCAUCCACGCGGGAGGGAGGGCAGUGAUCGACGAGCUGCAGAAGAACCUGCAGCUGUCGGCGGAGCACUGCGAGGCGUCGAGGAUGACGCUGCAUAGGUUCGGCAAUACGUCGUCGUCUUCACUGUGGUACGAGUUGGGGUACAUUGAGGCGAAGGGGAGGAUGAGGAAAGGUGAUAGGGUUUGGCAGAUAGCGUUCGGGAGUGGGUUUAAGUGCAACAGUGCGGUUUGGAAGUGUAAUCGGAACAUCGAAACGCCGUCGGAGGGGCCUUGGGCUGAUUGCAUCGAUAGGUAUCCGGUUCAUAUUCCUGAAGUUGUGAAGCUCUAAGAAAAUCAUCAAAACCCACAAACAUCAAAAUUAAACCACAAACAAAGCUUGCAUUAAGGCAUGCCCUGAUUGGUGAUUAGUGAUUGGUGAUUGGUGAUUGGUGGUGGGUUUUCUUCUUUGAUUCAGUUCAGUAUCCAUAUCCAUCACUUUUGUUUAGUUUUUAUUAUUAUUUGUCUUUCAACUUUCUUGUCCCUAUGAAUUUGCAUAGAAGCUAAAAUAUGCUUUUGAUGUAUUAUGCAUUCCAUAUGUAAGGAAAACACAAUCGAACUUAUUAUUGUUGGAGCUUAAAAUAAGAAAAGAGAAGAAGAAAGAAAAUCAGUAGCUUAGCUAGGUCUUUAUAUAUAUAGGAGGUAAGGUAACUUAAUUAUACUGGUGUUGAAAUAAAUGAACAUAGUUGUUGUGUUUGA